AUGGACUUGACUCGACGAAGCAUUCAGAGCACAAUUGACAGCGAUAGCGAUGCAAGCAGUUCCACUAAAAAUGAUUGCGUUCAACUGAUACAAGCGUGCGAUUCGCUAACAACAGUACCACCGAAUGCGAUGAUCCGCACGUUUGCACCAUCCAAGGUUAGCGAUGCAUUCGUUUAUUUUUGCCUAAAUCCGUCCAGCGGUGAUCGAUCACAAUGA